GGGUGCUGUGGGGUGGAGGGACCCCUGGGUCCCAACAGGCCCCUUAUCGGGUGGUGCCAGGUGGGGCCAUCCCCAGGGUGGGGGCAGCAUCUCCCUGGGCCCUGUUAUCAGUCCCAGAGUCCACAGGACGCUCCUCGGGUUAACGUAUAACCACACGCUGUCCCCUCCACCCCCAAAGCCACCCGUGCCCACAUAGGCACUGGUCGGGGGGUCAUAGGUUGACAUGGACGCCUGGGAGGAGGAUCUGUCCCCAAAGCAUUGCUUCUCAGGCCAACAGCUGCACCUGUGCCGGGGACUGAUCCCCUUCCUCCUCAGCUGUGCCGUCUACUUCCUCCUCUGGAUCCCCGAAGACCAGCCGUCCUGGCUCAGCGCCCUCGUCAAGUGCCUGCCCGUGCUGUGCCUGGUGGUAUUCCUGCAGGCCGCGGGCCCGGGCUGGGGCUACCGGGCACUCCUGCAGGCCGCCCUCCUCUGCUCAGCCCUGGGGGAUGCCUGCCUCAUCUGGCCUGAGGCCUUCCUGUACGGCGUGGCUGCCUUCACCGCGGCUCACCUGCUCUACCUCUGGGCCUUCGGCCUCACGCCCCCGCGGCCAGGCCUCCUGCUGCCCAUCGCCCUCGCCUCGCUGCUGCAGCACGGCCUCCUGCUGCCGCACCUCCCCCCGGGCAUGGCCCUGCCCCUGGUGACCUACUCGCUGGUGCUGGCCGCCAUGCUGUGGCGCGGCCUGGCCCGGGGCGGGGGCGCCCGCUGGGGGGCCCUGCUCUUCGCGCUCUCGGACUCCGUGCUGGCCUGGGAUGCCUUCGCCCAGCCCCUGCCCCACGCCCGCCUGGUGGUCAUGACCACCUACUACGCCGCGCAGCUCCUCAUCGCCCUGUCAGCCUUCCGGAGCCCCAGCCUCAAGUCCCACUGACCAGGGCUCGGCCGAGCAGCUCUGGGUCACCCCCCCUCCACCCUCCGCCAGGCUCUGGGUGCCCAGACUGACAGGCCUAGCCAGAGAAGCCCCCCGGGGGCCAGGAUCCUGGAGUCCCGCCUGCAGGGGUCUGUCCGGUCGGCCCGAGACAUGAGAAUCCACUGUGUCACCAAGCUCCUGCCACCUUCCCUCUGGCCUGAUUCUGGACUCCAGACCUGUGUCGGGGGGACCCGCCUUCUCCCGCCUGCCGCCCACGUCCACCUGCCCCCUUCCCUCCGGCUCUGAUCUGUCUUGUGCCCGAGGAGUAAUGGUGACAUUGCUAGUAUUUGGGGAGGGGGCUUGGGGGAGGGGUGCUCACAGUAACAACAAACGGUCCUUUCUCUUUUCGGUAGUUAUUAACAAUAAAACCAUUGUAACCGGUUUUAAAAAUA